AUGCCUAUUGAGGAUAAAAAAGUGAAUAAGGAUAAACAGUCUGAGAAUUUGUUUGAUAAAAAGGUAAAAGAUAUAAUUGAAACAACUAGAAAAGAGGAAAGAAUGAAAAGAAAGGAGGAAAGGAAAGGAAAAGAAAAAACUUCGAAUGUACCACAAAAACCAGGUCCUGAAAGCCAAGGAUCACAAGCAAUACCAUCAAACCAAUUAAACAUAGGAGCAACGCAAAAAGAAACUCCUACGAAUAAAUUGGAUAUAUAUCGAAAUUAUAUUAACAAAAUAUUUAUGCCUCAGAAUAGCAAAGACUCUAAGAAAGUAAAUCUAGAAAAAAGGAUUGCUAUGUUUAGAGUAUUUAUAGCAUUGUUUAUAGAAAACAAAUUUAUAGAGGAUGAAGUAUCUAAUAUAUUUAAUAACCCUAAUAGUUUUCCUAAACAGUCAGCAAAAUUGGAUCAAGAAUAUCCAUUAAAUUAUAAAUGGGAAAUCAUUGGCAAUUUUGAUAAAAUAGUACUAGUACUGAUGGGCAAAAAUGAUGAGAUUAUAAAUAACAUACAUCAGAAAUUGAAUGAAAUUGUCAGUAUGAUGGCACAAAAUGAUUUUGAAAAAAAUAGCUACGAAGAUGAAAAAUACCAAUAUAUAUUUCUAAAGCGUAUUCAUAAAGUGACGGUUGAUCUUGAAAGCGCCAAAAAUAUAUUUAAUUCAGAAUAUAUAAAAUUAAAGGAUCUUCUUGACAAAAUUGUAAAAAGAAUAUACAUAAAUAUCAUAAGGACUCUAGGAAUUAUAAACUCGGAAAUUGCUAAUCAAAUAAAAGAAAAAGUGAAUGAAAAACUGAAAAAUAUAAAUGAAAAUGAACUUUUUUACUUGAAUAAUGUAUGA